GCCAACGCCAACGCCAACGCCAACGCACUGGUCUGUCCGUGUCAUCAUUCGCUGAUCAGUCAUGAUUCGGUAUCGAGGGUGCUGCUUGUCUGCUUUUCUUGUAAUGUUUUUCGCUGUGGAGAAUGUCCUUUCUGCUCCUAUUGGGACACCGCUGGAUAUGUCCGAUCGUUAUGUGACCUUUGAUUUAGUUUUUGAGUCAAAUGAUUUACCACUAGAACUGGACCUUCAACUGCUGCAGAAGCUACAGAGUCAGAAUGGAUUGGAUGUGGUCCGCAUGCAGCUGCUGCAACUGAAUUUGAUGAAACUGUUGGUCGUCUUGGAUAUCUUCAUCUUACUUUGUGUUUUUUUCUAUGCCAGAGACAGCAGUCACCAUCAAAUUCAAAUUGUAAGCUAAAUAUCGUAGAUUUAUGUAGAAUUAAUCAUCAGAAAAUCAAUGUAAAUUACUGUCUGCAUUUUGCUCAUGUUUUUGUGUCAGUAUUUUAGAAUAUUUUAUAAGGAACCUCUAAAUACACUGGGAAAUCAAAUC